CAGAGUAGAAAAUCUAUGAAGUCCUCUUGGUGACCACAAAAACAGAGUUCAGUUUAUUUCCUCUAGCUAUCAGAAAAUGAAUACCCAGUAUUUUACUUUUCCUUAUGUGUUAAUAACUUUGCUAUUGUUACCCCUAGCAUCAUCAAAGAACUCAUAUAACCCAAAACAGAUUCCAGCUAUUUAUGUUUUUGGUGAUUCCCUUGUUGAUAGUGGCAACAACAACUAUCUACCACUCAAUUCAAAUGCAAAAUUUCUUCCUUAUGGUAUAGACUUUGGUGGCAAACCAACUGGUCGAUACACUAAUGGAAAAACAGUAGUUGAUUACUUGGCUAUACAUCUAGGACUACCCUUUGCCCCUCCCUAUUUGGGUCUUUCGAAGAAUCAAAGAAACAAAAUCACCACAGGAAUAAAUUUUGCAUCUGCUGGAUCUGGCAUUCUUCCGGAAACAAACAAUAAAACUUUGACUCUUGACAAACAGAUAAAGUUAUUCAGAAGGGUAAUUAAGAAUAAUUUGCCAUAUAUUUUUAAUGAACAAGAUGAAUUAAAGAGGCAUUUAUCUGAAUCCUUGUUUAUUGUCUCUACUGGGGUUAAUGACAACUUCCAUAAUGGAACCUUUUGUGGCUCUAGUAAUUUUGCUUCUUAUUUGCUCAAAGAAUUUUCCCUACGCUUGCAGAAAAUUUACAGCCUAGGAGCUAGAAAGUUUUUUGUGAUUAACAUUCCAGCAGCAGGGUGCUUUCCAAUGAUAGCUGCCAAAUCAAAACCAAGAGGAAAAUGUAAUAUGAAGAUAAACAGGGCAAUUUUCUCUUACAACAAUGGUUUAACUAAUGUUCUCCGAAAGCUGCAGUCUCAGCUUAUUGACUUUACCUUUAUGCAUUCAGAUCUCUACCAGUUCCUUUUGGAUCUUAGGGAAACCGGUUACAAAUAUGGGAUAGUAGAAACAUGGAAACCUUGCUGCCCAAAUGAUAUAUAUGGUGAUCUCAAAUGCUAUCCUUAUAACGUUACUUGUCCAAACAGAAACACUCAUCUAUUCUUUGAUGUCCAUCCAUCUCAAAUUGCGAACCAAAUAUAUGCAAGACGUUGCUUCAUUGACAAGACAAUAUGCAAGACAUGGAGCUUCAAAAUACUUUAGUAUCCUAUUAUAGUCCUCUAAUUUUGUCCAACUUAUUAAAAAUAAUUUAAAAAGUAAUAAUAUCUAUUUUUAUUAUAAUA